AACAGGCCCAAAAACCUGACUACAUAAUUACAGCCCUCCUGAAGAAAUUGGAAUUACAAUCGAGAGCUGUUUGAACAAGUCAAGGAGAGAAGAGAAAGUAUGUUGAAGUUUCAGAGAGCUAUACAUACAUAUAUACAUACACCCUCCAACUGCCCUCGCCUCACCAAGUUCUCUCUUCACCCUCCCAAUUCUGUAGAAGUGGAAUAUGCCAAUGGUAGCGUGUACAAAUUGUCAUCCGAAUUCUUAAGAAUAUAUAGCCCAGCUGCUGAUAGCAAGAUCAGAUCAGUUGGAGGUGAAAAGGUGAUAUAUGGGCGUCGCCAUGUGGGCAUCAUGUCUGGAGAACCCGUAGGAAACUACGGGGUUGCUUUUUGACGAUCUCCAUAAAACUGGGAUAUACACUUGGGAGUAUCUGUAUUAUAUUGGAAGCAACAAGUUUACACUGAUGAGAAAUUAUAUCAAAACAUUGCAGAAGCAUGGACUGAGCCGAGAUCCACCUAGAAGAAGUUAGUGAUCAGAUUAUAGCUCAUAAGCCAUCUACAUUUUACGACGAACAACUCAUGAUAUUUCUAUUAUAAGCUCUGAACUUGAUGUUGAAGCAACAAUCUUUUAAGAUGACAGUUUUAAAAUUGGAGAUUUGCUUUUAGUAGUACUGGUCGAAAGUAACAUGUACAUGUACGAAAGGAAAGCAGGAGAGUGAGUGUUGGAGACAUGAUUGCAUAUUUGCAUGUGUGUUUGUGUGUGUUUAACUUUAGCUGUCCAAGCAGUUAAAAAGGAUUGUGGUGUUGGUAGCAAGUGAAGUUGCUACCACCAGUGGUUCAGUCUGUUGGGAGGUGACCAUGUCAUUGUGUGAAGUUGGCACAACUGGGAGACUUUUACAAAUUUACAAGAUUUUCAUUACAAUAA